AUGUCGAGUCUGCUGCGCCGCUCUGCCUGCAUCCUGUUGAGACGCAUCGAAGUGGUGCCCGGUCAAGCCGGAACGCUGGGUAGUUCCGGUGCUUGCAAAGCUUGCGGGUUGUUGCUGUUGAGCACGGCCGCCGCCUACGUGCCAACUCAGAUCUGCAGCCCUGGGGCCGCGCAGACCAUUGGAGUGGAUAUUGGAGGAGUGUGGCACAAGUGCUCCAAUGGCCAGACCUACACCCUAGCUGAGAAGCACAAGGAUCUCAACACUGUUGAGCUCCUCUGGCCAUCAGACGUGGAUCACUGGAAGGCGCAGGUAGCAGCAGAGGCAGCCCCUAGCCAGAUCUCUGCCACAGUAGAGAGUGAUCUCGUCAGCUGCCUAGCAAGCAAGCUUCUGCCUCCAAAUUUUGCAGUGUGCCUCACCCCAGAAAACUGCGUCUGGGCAAAGGAUGCUGCUGAGUUUCAUUCACGAUACUUGGACAACAAAGUGGAUCUGGCUUUUCCUUCUCUCGUGUUGUAUUACUAG